AUGGCGCUAUGCCGCUCAACGAAAGUGCUGACGAUUUUGUCCUUCGUCUUGCACUUGACCAUAGUGGCCUCAACCAGCACACUACUGCGAGGGAAUACUCGUGGCGAAAAUGAAGACUAUCUCGUCGCACGCCGUCUCAACUCCUCCCCGCACGACGAAGACAAGACCGUGCCGUUCAACUCAUGGGACAACACCAUCGAAACCCUCCGUUACCAUCUCGCCUUUAUCAUCGUUCUGGUAGCCGCCCACCCGCUCGGACUCUUCUUCCCCAAGUGCUUCAAGCUCCCUCUCAUCACGGGUUACUUGGUGAUUGGCAUCAUCGCCGGACCGUUCAUCGCCAACCUGUUGACGGAUGGUCUUGUGAAUAUGCUAUCGAACGAUGUGAGUGCUCUGGCGUUGUCGUUCAUCUCGUUCCAGGCCGGUCAGGAGAUCUACCUACCGGAGCUCCGGCCGCAACUCAAGUCCAUCAUGAUUCUGCUGGGCGCUCUCUACGUGACGGCCAUGAUCAUCCUGACGUCCGCGAUUUUGCUGACGGAGAGCGCCUUCUUCUACGAUGACAUGGGAUUCCUAUGCCAGUUGGGUAUCGCGCUCAUGUUCGGGUCCAUCUCGGUACUCGGCUCGCCUGCGACCGUGAUGGCCAUCAAGAUCGAGCUUAAUAGUGUGGGUCCGUUCACGAGUCUGAUGCUUGGCGCGACGAUGACGGCGGAGUUCGUGGUGCUGGUGUCGUUCUCGAUCUCGCGUAUCGUGUGCUCCAUUUACUGCGCCGAGCUGGACGUGUCGAUACUCAACCUGGCUUACACUAUGGGCGUCGUGUUGGCCAAUAUCGUGGUUGGCGUGAUCCUGGCCGGCGUCAUUAUCCUCAUUUUCAAGAUUCCAGGUGGCCACCCCCACGGGAGCCACCACGGUGAAGCUCAAAGGACCAGCAUGACACCGCACCACGGACACAACGCAGGCGUGGACUCAGCGUCUUCGUGCUUGUCUGGCAAUGCGGCGCUGUCACUAAAGGGCUUCAUUUGGCUGACGAUGGGGUACGUGUUUUACAUUUCCACCACCACCCUCGCGGAAUUGACCGCCGCCGCAUACGGUCUGUCAUGGGAGAUCAAGUUCGAGCCGCUGCUCGUGCUCAUGAUUGCGUCCUGCAUUGCUGGGCACAACUCGGCAAUUCGUCACGACAUGCACGUGAUUCUUGACACCGCCGCUCCCUACCUGUUCCUGCCGUUCUUCGUCAUGACGGGCGCGGCGUUAAAGCUGGAUCAGGUCGUGGCUGCCAUUCCCCUCAUGAGUGUGUACGUCGGGCUUCGCUACGUGGCGAUCUUCAUCGCCUGCUACUUCGGUGGGCGCUUCCUGCUCAAGCUCACGCCCCGGCAGUACAACAACUUGUGGCUGACCAUGACGCCGCAGGCUGGUGUGGCGCUGGGUUUGGCCAACGAGGUGAAGGCGAUGAGUGAUGAAUCGUGGGCUGCCGAAUUCGCUGCAACGAUCGUGGCUGCCGUGGUGGUGAACCAGAUCGUUGGUCCUGUGCUGUGCGCGAUGGGUUUGAGUCGAGCUGGUGAAACGCUGCAGGACCGUGGUGUAGACGAACAUGACCAGAAGAAUGACCACAGCACCAAGCAGCACGAUGCCGAAGCCGGCUAUACUGAGUUGGGGGAGCGUAGAUCGACCAGGAGCAGGUUCUCCGUCUUCACCAACGAAGGUCCACAGACGCCGUCGCCAUUCUGCAAGGUGCAAAACGCCGUUGUGAUCGGCGACGACGAGACUGCUUUCGAGAUUGCGCUCAACUUGUCACUCUACGGCGCGCAUGUUAACGUCCCUCUACUGGACAAAGAGCGCGCCGGCAAGUGGAAGAAGAUGAACAAAACCAUCCUCUCCAGCGCCGUCAAGGGAGACCUCAUCUCGUUCAAGAACACUCUCAAGGACCGUGACAACGCGCAGGCCAUGUCGUCGGCUGACGUGAUCAUCUUCACGGGUGACGCCAACCGUACGCGCGAGAACAUUCGCAUGCUGAAGUCGUUGAUGGGCUCGUCGCACCCGCGUAUGAUCGCCUUCGUACCGGACUGCAAGUUCAGCAAGGAGAUGAAGGCGGAGGGAGUGCUGGCGAUCCAGCCGUCCAUUGCCUUGGCCAAUAUUGCGACGCGUAUGGCGCUGCUGGACCAGAAUCUGGCUGAGGCCCUGUCGAACGAGAUCAGUACGACGAGCGACUUCAACACGGCCUCGUACUUCUUGCGGGCUGACAGUGGCCAACGUGAAUCCGUGUCGGAGAUGCGAAUCGCGGGGCGCCAUUUGGCACUUGGUCGAAGCGUGGUGAACCACCACUCGGUGGACUACGAUCGCCUUGCGGAGGUGCUGACCGCAGAGAGCUUGCCGAUGCCGCCUCCGCCCUCGCGAGUGUCCAUGUUCGGUACAUCCGCCGCGGGUUUUGACCCCUUUUCAACGCGCGGGGAGACCAAGUACCAGCACUUCGUCGUUGAGGACGAAGUGGUCCGUGGCGGCGCGGACCAGCCACACUCCACCCGCUCCAGCGUCCACUUCAGGAUUGUCAGCACACCAUCGUACAGUAGCUAG